AUCAACAAAAUAUUGAUCAAAGCUUAGAAUACGAUUCUAACAUAUCUAAUUAGAAGUCGCAAUUGGCUAAAUUACUUCCGGGUGCAGUGACGUCAUAAACGCCAUAUUGAUUUUCAGAAAAAAAUUCUCGAUAGGAAAUUCCGUCUUUAAUCUGUAGUAUCUCCUGAUUCAUACCCGUUUGGAGACUGAAACAGAAGCAUCUAAUGGCGCAAAGUCCUACGAGUAGUGCUGUUCGGGCACUUCAAUUAGAACUGAAGAGUAUUCAAGAGGAACCCGUCGAAGGAUUCAGGGUCAGUCUUGUAAAUGACGACAACCUUUUUGACUGGAAAGUAGCUAUAUUUGGCCCUCCAAAGACACUCUAUGAAGGGGGUUAUUUCAAGGCAGUGAUGAAGUUCCCCCAUGACUACCCUUACUCCCCACCCAGCCUUAGAUUUGAUACCAAAAUGUGGCAUCCAAAUGUUUAUGAGAAUGGAGAUGUUUGUAUUUCAAUCCUACACCCUCCAAUUGAUGACCCUCAGAGUGGAGAACUUCCUUCAGAACGAUGGAACCCUACACAGAAUGUCCGCACCGUCUUGCUCAGUGUUAUCUCUCUCCUGAAUGAACCUAACACAUUUUCACCAGCAAACGUUGAUGCAUCAGUCAUGUAUCGCAGAAAUAAAGAGUCUAAGGGCAAAGAUAAAGAAUAUGAAAAUAUUAUUCGCAAGCAGGUAUCUGCCACCAAAAUAGAAGCUGAAAAAGACAAUGUUAAAGUGCCUAUCACUUUAGAGGAAUACUGUAUAUCAAGCUCUGUACCUCGCCAGUCUGAGAGCUCCAUGGACUUUGCAGAUUUUUAUGCUGAUGAUUACAUGGACGAUGAAGAUGAUGAUGACUGUUAUUAUGAAGAUGAUGACGAUGACUCGGGUAAUGGGGAGUCAUGAUACACACUAUACGUUUUUAUUUAUUACCACAGCAGUUGACAAAUGGAGAGAUGAGAGUUUUGGAGGAAAAUGCAGUAAUUUAGAAUGUGCAGGAUGAGACGCACAAUGCAAUAUGGAUAGCAGAAAUAAGAAAAAAAAUUGAAAUUGUAUUUGCAAAGACUGGCUGUUUGGUGGAUAAGGUAUAAGAGGAGAAAUGAGAUGUUUUAUGAAAUUUCAAAAAAGGCUGGAAAUAUUUCAAAAUGUUUGCCAGAUGGACUUUGAAGUAGGAUGGCUGGUAUAUUGUAAACAGUUGUGUUCUAUGUAUUACUCACUCACUCUUCAUAUGUACAAUAUUUUGCAACAGGGAACUAGUUUGUAUAUGUGAACCGAUAGAUUGUGCUAUGUAUAUUUAUAUCAUUGUUGAUAAUUCAGAUUGUAUUGACCUUAAAUAGUCAACUCAACCACAUGACCAAUUUUUGUAGACAUGAAUUUAAAGGGCUUGGUCCAUACCCAUGUACAUAUUUCCUCCCACUUUGCAAUAGCCCUACUACUCAGUAUAUUUCUAGAGAGGUAGUGUUUUUUAGAAGAAACAGGGUCAACACACACACACUCCAACUCAUGAAUUCUUGGUAUUAAGACUAAACCCAAAAUCUGGACAUGAUUGUUUCUUUUUACGAUUUCCCAAAAUUGAUUUUCUGGGGUGUUUUUCGCUAUUAUGAGUCAUUUGAUUACCUCCCAUGAGACAUGAAUCUUAAAAACGUGAAUAGAGGUAAUAAUUGUAGAAAAGUCUGUUUUCAUUGGCCAAUGUGAUGUUCAUUUAUUGCCCGUCUCCAUGCUUUGGAAUACAGCAUCUAUGUUAUACGGUAAUGUCACUCUAUCACAUACUUGACACCUCUAUUUAAAACAGCAUAUAAGUAGGAGGGGAAUAAGCACGGCCAGAUUACAAAGAGCAAUAAUUACUUGUAGAGUACGUAUAUUGAGACCUGUAUGCUUACAUACCUCAUCACAAAAUA